AUGUGGGAUACCAAUAUUAAAUAAAUUCAAAGAAUUUUAAUACAUUUUGAUGGAACACAUUUAAGAUUAUUUACAGAAAUUCUUGAAGAUUGGUAAUAAUUUACAGUAGAAAAUUAAUAGGUUUUUUUUUAAGCCAGAUUUAAUGCUUGAGUAAAUAAUACAUAAAAACUAGCAAAAUAUCCUUACAUAGACACUUAAAAGAAGUAAGCAAGUGAAUUUGCUUAUUUUCACUUGCUUAUUUCAAAUUGAAAGGAGGUAAAUUGGAAAUCCUUGA